UCAUAUUUUGAAUUAACUACCAAAAAGCAUUCAAUGAUGAAAUUUUCAGAUUCUUCUGAAAGAUCUUUCAAAAUAUCUAUUUUGACAUAGUUCAAAUAAAUUUUUAUGUUUAUUAUCUCAUUGGGUCACUACAUCGAAUACUUGACGUAUGCUCUAUCUGAUUAAGCAUAUGAAGAAAUAACAAGGGGACAGCAAAAGAAGAAUAUGGGAGCAAUUUACAGUCGUUCUUAUUCAGGAGGUCGGAAGCGAAAACAUGAUGAAAUUGACCCGGAAUCCGGUGAUGAAGUUGAUUCCAAUACAAAAAAACACCUCAACACACCCGUUAAAAAAAAAUUGAUGACAACGCCAAGGUACAUAUACAAGACGUUUUUUCAAGAGGAACGUGACUCGGAUGUAUCAGUGAUGGCAUUAAGCAAAGUGUGGCAUCUUCAUAAAAUUUAUUUAUGUCAAAGUCCAUAUUUUGCAAGCAUGUUUAGUGGAUCUUGGCGUGAGCGUGAACAAAACUUCAUUGGUAUUGAAAUUGUAGAUCCAAAAAUAACUCAUGAAGCUUUGAAUACAGUUUUUGGCUCAUUGUACCUGGAUGAGGUUAUUCUGGAUCCAAAUACGGUUGUGUCAGUGUUGGCAGCAGCUGCAUUAUUACAAUUGGACGGGUUAAUUGAAAAAUGCUGUGAAGUUAUGAAUGCCACUAUAAAUGCAAAGACAGCUAUUAAAUAUUAUGAAGUUGCAUGCCAAUAUGCAGCCUUGGAUGUGAAGAAAAAUGCUUUGAAAUGGUUGGAAAUAAACUUGUUAAGUUUCUACUCGAAACACGGAAAAUGGUUGGAAGAGCUAAAUGCUGAUUUGCUAACUGAUUUAAUUGAUUCACCCGAUUUAGUCGUAAUGCAGACAGAAUUCGCAUUGUAUGCACUAUUAAAAGUGUGGAUGUAUCUGAAAAUUAGUGCAACUAAGGAUGAGUUCAGUGAACGUACAAAAGUUAUAAAUGCUAGCGCUAGCGAACUCAUCAGCCUAGCGUCAAAUCAUUUUUCCAGUUUAAAAUCAAAAACGCCGUUUCUUUAUACGCGAACUGGCCAAAAAUUUCAAAAACCAUUCCUGAAAUUACGAAUGCAACAUUUAAUUAAUCAUCCCGUCGAUAUUAAACUCAUUCUCGAAGAGAACAUCAUUCCGAAAGACUGGCUGUACUCACCAUUUAUGGUCCAAUGGAAUUCACUCAUUAAAAUUGACAAUGGCCUUGAUCAGGGUCCGAUAGAUUGUGAUGAGAACACGUUUUUUCAAACGUGUCUGAGGUGUGGAAGGAUACUAGAUAAUGACGCAUAUCAAAAAUGGCGCUGGACAGGUUUCAAUUUUGGUGUUGAUUUAGUGUUGGUUGCAGAUACUAGAACAUUAAGCAUAAAACGUCAUCAUCGCAACGAUAAUGAACGAUUAUUAAGUUUACAAUCAAAGAGACAUUUUAUGUUACGUAUUACCUUAUUUUCAUUGAAUGAACAACGUCAAGUUAAGCAUUCACAAACGACAGGAAUAAAAACAAUUAGUUUAGAUCGAAAUGAAGAGAAUCGUCUAAUAUACUUGGACUCUGAGCUUGUUUAUCCUUUGUUAGUAUCGUUGAAUCUUCUAGUCACAACCCCUUAUAAAUGUCCGGUACCACCGAGCGAAGAAAUGGCUUCAAUACCUUCAACAUCUGGACAGUCGUCACAAAUUACCAAUGAAUCCGAUAUUUCAACCAUUGGUGCCAUCAAAUCGAGCAACAGCAGUGAAGAUAUCAAUUCAAAUUAAACUUUGUGAUGAUUGAUUUAAUUUUUUGGUUUUGUCUUUUAUGUAACUUACUAAAAAUAUUUGCUGUGAAACAAGAAAAAAUAGUUUGCUUCGAAAGGAAGAAUGGAAAAUAUAUUACAAAUUAAAAUAGGAAAUGGACAAGUUUCGUGGAAAUGAUUGGAUUUUAUUAACAUUUAUAAUCCUAUUUUAUAAAUUCUAUGUAUUAAUAUGUAAAUUUGUAUUUGUAAUUGUUUUUGAAGCUAUCAUUUCAUUCUCCAGAGUAACAAUAUUACUAAAUAUCAACACCUCCUUGUGUAGAAAGAAUAGUUUUAAUUUUCUGUAGUAGUUCACGUUUUACAGCGUCUGGAACGAGAGCACGGGCUUUUGGUGUAACCUGCUUAACAAUUUUCUCUGCAUUCACGUUUCCUCCAUCUUCUUUGAUAACAUCACGGCAUAGAAGUCGAACUUCAUCAUUCCACCCACAUUCAGUCAAUCGCAAACGGAGUAGAUCCUUCAGCCUAAAAAAUUAUUGACGUAUUACUGCUUAAGACGAAAUAAAAAUACAUUGACAACUACAA